AUGGAAUUAGACGAAAGGCUUCGCUGGAUUGAAAUCCGGGUUGCCUCAUCACUGAAGCCAAGAGCAGAGGAACUCAAACGGCUUUUUUCAAAUAAAGAGAACAGGUAGAUAUAAAGAUUUUAUUUAAUUCAACUUUGCGAAAAUAAUUGACUAGUGAGGGGUUGCCAGGAAGCAACGAACCACGUUUUUUUUGCUUUAGUUCAACCAUAAUAAGGGGCGGACCAUUAGAAAAGUGAUGGCGGGGGGGGGAACUUUUUCAACUUGUGCGAAUAUUUCUUUAACAUUUUUUGCUUGUGUCGAUAAUUUUUUGAAAUAUAAUCCCUUACACGUUUUUUUUUUGUUUUUUUUUUGUUUUUUUUUUUCAAAGUUUCUUGGUGCACGAAUAUUUGUUCUUUCUAGUGUUUCCCCUGCGCGAUUUUUAUUUUUGCUUUUUCCCCACCCCCCAUCACUUUUCGAAUGGUCACCCUAAGUUAUAGAGUAAGUGACUAUUCACAGACUUGUAGAUGCAAGAUUGUAACCUAACCCGCUUUCGAUCAAAAAUCCGGCCAAAUUGGGGUCCCAGUGCGGGUAGUUUCGAAGAUUGAAGGAUUUACUUAGUUGAAAAAGAUUGAAAACACUAACUAAAGAUUAAAUUUUGCGGUAGUUACACCCUUCUGCGAACAUCAAUUGGUAAAUUUCGUUUCUUAGGGAGGUGAUGUUUGAGUUUUGCAACAAUGAAGAACGUCGUUUUUUGAUGAUCUUCUCCUCCAACGUUCCUGGGGAAGGCUUGAUUGCCUCUUUUAAAGCACCCAAACACCUCGCAGAAAAAGCGAUGUUUUUCUGCAAGACAAACCAAGCAAACAAACUAUUGAGGGAUAAUAUCGCGAACGAUGUUGGGUUUUGUGACUGCUCGCGAAAACCUUUAAAACACUUGAAACGUCUUGUGAAGGAUGUGUACUUGCCAGUGUUGAGUAUUGAACAUGGUGGAAGUGUGAGUGCUGAUAAACUUAUGGAUCUCCUGCAUCGGGUUGUGGCAAAUCUACAUGUCUUUGAUGGCAAUAAUGAGGUAUAGGCUGUUAUUAUAUACCAAUAGUCAAAGUCGCAUUUUUCUAGUGUUUUAUUGGUCGAGAGCAUAUCACAUGAGAGUUACGAAAUUAGACUGUUUCCCUCGCAACAGCGCGAGAGGGAAACAAUGCGUUAUCGACCGGCGACGUGCGCCAUGACGUGAAUGUGCGACCUUUGGACAUGCCUAGUAAUUUACAUGUAAACUUUCGCUUUAAGUAACUGUAGUGUUAAAUUUAAUGUUUUAAUAAAAUAUUUCAUAUAGUUACGUUCAUUUGUUCUUUAAUUUGUUGUUUCUUUGACUAUUGAUAUAUAAUAAAACACUUAUUUACUGAGACCUCGGGAAAGCAGUGUGUUUUGUGGAAACACACUGUUUCCCUCGGUCUCAGUAAAUAAGUGAUAAUUGAUUUAUUUCAACUGAUUAAGAUUUUGGGCAAUACUUUCCUUGUCUAUAUUAUGGCCUGCAGUUACCCAUGGACACAUUUUAAUAUAUAAAACCAUAUGGAGAAUUUGAUAGGUUUUAGUUGCCCAAUGUACAGGUAGUUUCUGGAGAUCUAGGCACAACACACUUAUCAUGCAAAGAUUACGACUUGGAUCCCUUACCCUACCCGUUACUAUAGUGUAUAGAAAAGGUGCGGGUGUAGAUUGUUUUCCUUUCUUUUUUUGUUGUAGAACAAGGUUGCUCUUUCACUUCCAUGUAUCGAGGUACUUUCUGAAGCUGCAGCUUUUAGUGGUCGUCGACCAGCAGUUAUUCACGUUUUGGAAACAACAGUCGUUAACUGGAUUAAGCAAAUUAAGGUGUGAAAAUUGUUAGUUUUACUAUUGCCUAUCACGUUACGUUAAUAUAUAUGCAUGCAUGGCCACUUACAGUGAAAUAAUAACCUGAAAUCAACAUGACUCUAUAUGUGGAAAAGUAUUUACAGAAAAAUUCAAGUUGCCAGUAUUAUGUUAGUAAAAAGAAUGUUGGCGAAAUAAAACGUUGGGGAAGCUACUGAUAGGAAAUAUUGUUGCAGAAAUACUUGAUGUUUCAUUUUCCCCCCUUUGCCUACUUUUCAUUUGAACAAAUUUGUUUCCCACGAAGUAAACAACGAUUUUUAACAAGUUCACAACGGAAACAAUAUUUUCUGUUUUUAAAUUUAUUCGUCCAUGCAUGGAAGAUCGUGUUCAUUUCAAAAAGAAAACAGUCGUGUUUUAUAAGGUCAAGGUAUAUAUAGAGUAUACAGCAUCGGUGUGGAUCAUCCCUAGUCAUCCCGGUGCAUCCCUAUAGUUAUGACCUAGAAGGGUGGUACAUAAACGUUAAUGAAUCAUCAUGUUUUGAACAGAGAUGACCGUUACGUUAGUUAUGUCCCAAGAGAGUAUAGCUGGCGGAUUUAAAGGGUUCGGGUUGAGGCGCGGACAGCGAAAAAUUAGGGGCUAGAUAACCACCUGGAUCUCCCCCUUGUUCGCCGAUGACAUCUUCCCUCGACUGUAUAAAGAGCUACGUUACAACCUUAUAAGAUCAUCUCUGAUAAAGAGCGGAAUGUCAAAACGUUGAGUCGUACUAUAUAUACGUAAGACCCGGUUGAGUCGACCGAGCUUUCCAGUUAUUUACUUAAAGAAGAGUAGCGAGCGAAAAUGUGCCUGACACUCUCUUCUCCGCAGAGGAGAAGAGAGCCUCUGUUGGCUAUGAUUACGAUUAGUAUUGAGAUACAUUUCACUACACUUUCCAUGGCGGAUCUUGGAACACGAGCGGAGCCGCUGAGCGAAGGAGCGCAGGCGGGAAAGGGCGCCUGACGUUUAAAGCUCGUUAAUCCAAACACGAUUUUGUCAGUGACUAGAAACUAUAUAUUGGCACGUUAAGAAAUAUAUAGCACUUUUAAAUGAACUGUUCCUUUUCAGGUUGCUUUAAAGCUAGAUCCUGAAGCCGAGAUCACAAAAUACGGAAGAACUUUUCCCGGACCAUUAACUGAAAUUGAGGUAAAACAUAAAAUAAUUAUAUAUUGUAAUAUAUUAGUAUUUUUUCCUAUACUUGUUAAGAACUACUGGAAACAAUUUCUAGUAAGGCAAUAAGGUCCGCGUUAAUUUGACGUCAUUGUAAGAAAGGUCUAUACACGUUGUAAUCAUUGCCUACUUUAAAGAAUAGGCUUAUUUAAGGCUAACAUACAAAAUUACAAAAUUUAAAGCAAACUUUAUAUUAGCGACAAAAACGACUGACUAUAGCCUCAUUUUGUUACUCCUUGCAGAUUUGAAUAACUUGGCAAUACUUUUUUAUUUUUAAAUCAUGUUAAAGAAAUGUUUAAAUGAAUGAUUUCAACUUAACGAUUAUUUAGGAUAACAUACAAAAUAGAGAAUUAUUGCAGACUAUUGUAUUGGCAGCUAUACUCCAAUCGGUUUAGUUAUAUAUGUUGUAGAAAUAAGAAUCUGACAUUGUUUUCCUUGAAUGUGCAAUUUACAGAUGUGGUCUGGUCAUUUAAGCAGGUUAAAUUUCAUUAAUGAACAACUACGAUCACCUGUUGCUGUUAACAUUAUCAUGAACCUGGAAGAUGCCAAUAGUACGUAUGGACAGAGUUUUCAUUUGGUUAAGAAGGAGUUAAUUAAGGUUUGUACCACUGCUGUUUAAGUCUUAUACGGCUGCUUAUUUUGCAUCUUGAAUUUCUUCAAAGGGUAAAAGUCAAAAUUAUGACAGCAAACUCACAGUCGAGUGAAAGAUAUACCUGGUAUUAAUUUGCUUCUUGGUACAGUAAAAAAACAUUAAAAAAGUUAACUUAUGUGUAGCAAAACCUUCUACCGUGCAACUGUAGAAGCUUUUGCCUACUGCGAUGUAUAAGCGUGUUUCAUACUGUAGGUCAUCCUCAUCCUGCACUAUAUUUUUGUGCUUUCUGACUGUAGUCCGAUCGACGUUUGCCUCCCGGAGGCAGUUAGAUGGGAGGAGAACGUUUGAUGACCAUUGCUUUUUCUACAUCUAUAGGCUGAAGCUGAAUGCCAUGAGAAUCUUCAAUACUUGGGAACACUGGUUCCUUGGUUUAAAAAACUUCAUCACGCAAACUCUCCGUCAUUGAUGUUGAGAAUAUUUCCGCCAUUGAUGCACACACUCUAUCUCGUUUGGGUACACUCCAGGUAUACUAAACAUAAUUUAUAUUAUAUUUUGCGUUAUGGACUAAAAUUCUCCUUUCUUAAAGAAACAUCGAAUAGAAGAUAUUAAUCAUUACAAUUAACUAAAGGCUAAUUUCCACUCCGGAAAAUAAGCAGCGGAUCGAACCGGAUCGGCGGUUUUUCUGAUCCGGUCCCAUCCAACAAGCGAUUUCCAGUAAAAGGACAAGUGGAAUGAUCGGAUCGGAAAAGAAAAAAAUGGAGCUCGUUCCAGUCUCACAUCCUCCAUUUUGUAAAUUUUAUACAGGCAUUAUUUAAUUAUUUUAAUUUAUGUGAGAUAAUACGGCAUUUUGAUUGGUUGACAUGUUUAUUCCGCGGGACCGGACCAAAAAAAGUUGAAAGCAUUUCAACUUUUUACUAUCCGGCCAGCAACGUCGCCGGAUUAAUCGGAACAUGGCGCAUGCGCGGAUUUUGCUUUGUUCCGAUCCGGUCCGAUCCGCUGCUUAUUUUCCGGGGUGGAAAUUAACCUUAACAGUUUCGAAAGAAUAUUUUUACAUUAUAUUUGCAGUACAUUUCCAACCAGACCAAUAUUUGCACAAAGCUUUUGGAGCCCUGAUCUUUGUCACUGCUACAGUAGAUCAUCAGUUUUUCAUCAUGCAGCGUGCUUCAACACUAAUGAAGAUUCCAGCUUGGGGAACUCGAUGUGACCCCCUAUAACCAAAACAAAUUAUAUUAUCACCAUGCAAACCAGCAAAGAAUUUAUAAAUGAUAUUUUGUUUUAUAGAUACUACCAUGAGAAGAACCAUUUCCAUCGUUUAAUGCGUAUGCUUGCCAAUGAAGUUGUGACAAGAGCCAAAUCUCUUGUCAAUCAUAAUAUAUUGGAUAAGUUGGAUGAGGUUGGUGAAAAAAGUUUCGACAUAACUGAUUAUUAGUUUUUUGUACCCAUUUUCUCCGAGAACGUCGCGGAUUAGACACCUUUUUCUUUCUAAAUAUACAAACUGUCUUGGAGAAGCGUUUAAAGUCUAUUGAAAUGAUAAAAUAUCAUAUUAACUAUAGGGCUGGAAUUUCACUGCAUCUUCCGUAUCAUAAUGAAAAAAAUACGGAGCUCUCAUGGUAAAUCUGUUAAAAUAGCUGUUCCUGAAUAAAGCAAUAUUAGUACUGGAACAACUAUAUACCUUAAUUGCAGUCACCCAUGAUUUGGUACUAGAAUUGGGAGGAAUCAAAAUAACUACGGAAUAUACGUUUACACGUUAUCGGCCUGUUUUUCCACACAGUAAUUUUUCGUUUCGUACCCGCCCUGGUAAAGCCCCGGCAUGUUUACAAGAUUGAAGUUAUGGUAAAUGCGCAUGGACAUAGAAUAUUUGCACCUCAUAUGUAGCUAUUCAAAGUGUUAUUGAGGUAAUCAUGUCUUGUAUAGAACGCCAUGUUACAAGCCGUGACAAGACAGUCAAGUUUCUAUGUUGAAACUGUAUUAAACUCAGGCCUGGCUAUUGAAACUGUAUAUGUUAUACCGGUCACCAUGAGUCAGCUUCCUUGUAAAUAUAUAGGGUUGGAGGGAGGCCUGAUUGACCUCGGUCAGUGCGUUCGGCACUAGAUCUACUGUAAUCAGCACGUCGAUUUAUUUUAUGAUAUAGUCGUUUCAAAGUUUAAAAGAUGCCUUACGAAUCUGCGCCUCUUUCCGUGGAUGUUAUUUGGACAAAAAAGACAAAGCUGAUGUUUUGAAUCAAAAGAAACUUGUGGAAAUUCCUGGCUCGAGGUACACCUGUCGUGACUGUAUUGCGGUAUCCUUCGUUAAUGUAAAUAGCUAUACUGGUCGACUCCUGUCUAUAGUUGCAUUUUUCACAACUGUUUCUAGUUAGGUCUGAUAAAGUUAAAAAAUAUACACUCGAAAUUGCCAUCUACAUGCAGGGAGAUAAAAAUCCUGAUAUUUCCCCAACAUUGACAUCGCCGUGGUAUUUAUACAUGAACUUGCAGUUAGAGCUCGACAGCUGGCCUCUGUACAAAAGCUCAGUUGGUUAGACGGCUGCACCGGAAUUGCAGGGUCGCAUUUUCGAAUCCUGCCAGAAGGCCGAUAAUUGUAUUUUUCGCAACUGGCCCUGGUUAGGUGUAAUGUAGAAAAUCUGCAGUCGAAAUUUCCAUGCAAGUUCAACACCCUUUCAUAUACUGUAUUGAAGCGUUUCUGAGUAUAAUAAGUAAUUAGCCCGACGAUUUAGCAUUUGCGGGCUUUUUUGUUUGAUGCAAAAAUACCUGAAAAAUAAGAACAAAUUUCGACGUUUCGAGCGAAGGUCCUUCGUCUUUCAGAAGAUGUGCACUUCAUGCUUUAUUCAUUUAUGACUCAAAACUAACGGUAAUCGCCACUUUAGUGUCGGCAACAAAAUUAUCGAUAUGAGGGGGGAGGGAGGGGGGGGGGGUAUAUUGAUGUCCAAUAUGCUGCAUCAAUAAAUAUAGUGAUGUCAUCCCAUAGAAUUUUCUUUCUUGUCCAUUACAAGUAUCCUGAGUUCACAUUUUACCAGUAAACACGAACCUAAAAUAAACAUGUGUUGUGAUUGGCUUCUUGAAACAAAAGUGAACCGUGUUUGUGACUUGUUCUUUGAAACAAUAUUCUAUAGUUUUAUUGUUUUUCAUUGUAGUAUAAUCAAGCAAUCAAAGAACCUUUUCCUGUAGCUUCGUGAUGACCCGACUUUACAGGAUGCUUUUCUGUGAUGUUGCAUGUAUAUUAAUAAACUAUCGGCUUAUAUGGUUUUGCAUGCUAUCUCAGUUUCUCCCCACAUGUGUUUGCUAUAUAUAGUCUGCCUAUUCCGUUCAAGAUUACUUGUGAAGCAUGCAUGAUUACUAUUUUAGCUUGGAGCAAUCCGAGAUGCAAAGACAAAAGCGUGGUUUGACCGAAAGGGGCGGCAGGUCAAGCAGUUUACGCAAACAGUCUGCAGCUCAACAGAUCGCUGAACAAAACAUUGACAUGUGGACGGACUCACCAUGGCCGGCAAGAAAUCACCAGGUAUUUGGUGCAUUGAACAGUUUCAUGGAACGAUGUAACGACGUCCUAGAACUCGUUCAAACUACAACACAUUUCAAGAUGUUACGACUUGCCUCGGAGAUUGGAGGAGCGGGGGGAACUAACCUGAAUAGCUUGGUCGAAGAAAUUUACGGUCAUUUUCAAGAGGCAAUUGAGAAAAUCCGAAGAUAUAAUUUGGUAAGGGAAAAUCAGAAAAUUAUUUUUCGAGCGUGGCUUCUUGCAAAUUAAAUCAAGUUUUAUUAAUAAGAGAUCGGGCCAAUAUAAGAGUUAAAUGAUGGUACAGUAAUAAACGUUGGCCAAAACUUUUUGUAGGACGUCUUAGAAGUAAACGAGGCUCACCAGUUUGAAAAAGCAUUCUUUGCAUUCCGUUCUGUUAUGAGGGUAAGAUUAAUUUGUUUGUUCUUGCAUCUGUAUAUGCAGUCGUUAGGCUACACUGUAGCUUUGGGUAUAAAAUCGCAGGGGGUUGUUAUUUUUAUUUGUUAACAAGUAAACUAUUGCCAAGAAACUUUAAGAAUAUGUACGUUCCAACAACUUGCUAUCUACAACAAUUUAACACAACUGCUGUACUUGUUAACAAGUUGUGAGAGGGAAUCUCAGCUUGGUAACAUGAAAACUUUGGCACAGCUGGUUAAAUUAACCAGCUUGUUCAAAGCGAAUUUUUGCAUCUUUACCGUCGAUUGCAGCUAUGUAGUCGAGAAUACUUAAAACAAUCAAAUAACACAUGAGUAUAUAAUGUUCACGCAAAGCGUACUAAUAUUCAUCAUUGGUAUUUGCAAGUUUCACUCUAAUUGGUUCCUCCAAAUAAAACUUUGACAAACAAGUCAAGUUUGUAUUGAUGCAAGCCUGCAGUAAAUACCUUUUGUACAGUAUAUGUAAAGGUCCACUGAGCACAUCGUUUGAUUUAUGUUUUCAGAGUCUUGAAUGUCGUCUUGCUGAUGUUUUGCGUCAAAGCUUUAAGCAAUGUCCAGACACGGCGGCAAAGUUACGAUUAUUGGAGGUGUUUGAAGGCACCAGCGGUAGAGAACUUGUACAGGUGAGGCGACUAUGUUAUAUGAAUAUCUUAUACAAAACGGACGCUCGUGAUUGAAAAGGUUCGUACACUAAGAAUGCUAGUCUUUUAUAAUCUCAGACAUGAGUCUAUCAGAUAUAUGCAAGCCCCAUUGUUCUCACGAUUCCUUUCUGUUUGCGCAAGAAUUAUUAAUGAGAAUUACAAACGUAUUUGUAUUUUAUAGGAGAAUCUGUUUGAUAUUUGUGACCUAAUGUUGAUGCAUUUCACUAAAAGUGUUGAAGAUUUAAAGGAACACUUUGAACAACGUGUAAACGAUCCCCCUGUUCAUGUUCAUCUACCUCCCAUUGCGAGUAAAUUGAUGUGGUUGAAGGGACUAAAAGCCAGGGUUAAUGUAAGUGGAUUAUUGCUUCAUUGAUUUUUAAUAAAGUGCAAAUUGAACAUCAAUUAACUGCAUGUAGUAUAAGUUAGUACAGUAAGUAUAGUAUAGUAUAAUUUUAAAGAACAUCAACUUCCUUGAAUGGCAAUGGUUGUUAUGGGGAGGAGGUGCCCACCCUAACGGAUGAGGGAUGCGCCCCCCUCCAAUCCACAAAAAAUCUAGUAUGCCCAUGAUUAGUACAGUAAAGUGAACGUCGAAUGAACCCUCCUGAUAUGUCAAUUUGGUAUAAUGUUUUAAACCACAAUAAAUUGCUAAUCAAGUUCAUUGAUAUUUGAUAAGGUGUUCUUUUCUAAUAUUGACCACUAAAACUUUAGAUCAUAUGCUAUAUAAAAUUAAUACUAAAUGUGGCGUUUCCCUGACGAAAAGGAGGCUUAUAGUAGUUCUUGCCAUGCCUACGAAUAAAUGUCUAAGAGACAAUCAGAAUAUUAAUGAUGUGCUGAUUAGUGAUAUAUUCUGUUAUGACAGGAACCUAUGUCAAAAUUCAGAAAGCUUUCAAUUUCCUCAUUCAAAGGCGACAAAGGCUGGAAAUUACGUGAUACGUAUAGUGAUUUAGUGAAAGAUAUUGAACGGUAUUGUUUUCCUUAAAUAUAAAGCAAAUAAUGAAUUUUUUCGUUCGUGCAAUAGUAAAAAUAUUUUCAUUCGCUGAAAGAUGGAGUUUUCCAUUCCUCUCGGCUGUCACCUCGUGGAAUGGAAAGUUCCAUCUCUCACCUCAUCAAAAUCUUUUUAUCAUUACACCCAUUGCAUGAAUUAACAUUCAUUAUUUGUGUACUAUAUAUCUAGUGAAUCAUACCACCAUUAGUUUGGUAUAAAAUAAACUCACAUUUCAUUUUAUUUAUUUUCACUUUACUUCUGAUCAAUUUUAUUCACCUCGCUUUACUUCAAUUGAAAUUUUACUCAACUUCUUUUCCCUUAUAUGCACUUCAUUUUAAUUUCUUUUGCUUUGUUGCUUAACUUUUACUUUUAUGUUUCACUUCUUUACUUGAUCUUGUUUUUUUUCUUUUGCUUCGGAUUACCUUACUUUUAACAAUAGGCUGUAAUUUGCUUUAAUUUACUUUAAAUAACCUUCAGUUUAUUAGUUCUCAAAAUUACUUUGUUUUCCUUCAUAUAUUUUUAUGCACCCCGAAUUUUUUCGAUUACCUUAAUUACUGUCUAUAUUAUUUAAUUUCACUUGUAUUCAGGACCGAACUACAGACAAUACUAGAGUGGCAAAGUUCCAUUCAAGAGGAUCUAAGAACCAAGUUGAAACAAUCUCUACUAGUACGUUUUUUAUCAUGGAAUUAUUGUACAUAAAUUGUUUGGAAUCGAGUGAAUAUUUUAUAUUGUGCCUGGGGGUAUAGCCUCAUAGGGAUGCAGUUUACAUCCCCGGUGCUGGAUAAUUUGCGGGAUGCAGUGGAACAAAGUUGCCAGACUACGCUAAAGGGGUGGGGACGUGUCCCACUCUUGUUUCUUGCUACUGCUGUCCACUGUCUUUAUCACAUUAAUUUAUGAAAACUCUUUAUCACAUUGAUUUAUGAAAAGAUUUUGAAAACUCCUUGCAUUUGUAGAUUGAAGUGACCAAUAGUGAACAGAACUCUACAACCGUCCAAGUGAACUUAGAUCCUGACUUAUUGUCUUUAUUGAAGGAAGUCUACUAUUUAGCUGACCCACCAUUCUUGGUGCGACUGCCAGAUCCGGCACGGCUUCUAUUACGUAGUAUAAAUGAUAGUCUUUUGCGGACAACUGCUGCUAGGUUGGAGACCAUAGUAUCGAGAUACAAUGCUAUCAACAAGAACAUACAGCCCAACGAACUUCCCUUGUUUGAAAGAAAACUUACAAAGAUUAACGAGGUUUGUAGAAGUAUUGUAAUAAUUUGGGCAAUCCUGCUUAACUGAACUAAAAUGUACAUGUAAAUGAACAAAUCAUCAAUGUAAUCAUGACGUUUUAGCGUCUGGCGUUAUGCAAAUUAAGUAAAAUAAUGAAUGGGAAUUUUUGAGUGCUGUUAAUAGGAUAACCAAUAUUUACGAACAAUACGACUCUCUAGAGAGUUUUGUGAUACCUGCAUGCUUGAGACUUUUUACCAUUAUAUAAUAUUUAAGAGGAAAGUUCCAGUGUUAGCUUAGUACGUGUACGUGUACGUGUACGUGUACGUGUACGUGUACGUGUACGUGUACGUGUACGUGUACGUGUACGUGUACGUGUACGUGUACGUGUACGUGUACGUGUACGUGUACGUGUACAUGUACCAUUGAUGUAAUACGAUGAUGAAGGCUUAAUGACUAUUCUAUAUUGACCAACACGAUUAUUCCGUAUGUUAGCGUGGAUGGAGAAACAUUCUUGGUAUAGAUACAGGGUUGGAGAUAGUCUAGUUUGCGCAUGUUUGCUAGUACAUUAUAGUGUAUUUUAUAUCAUAUAUAUCUUGUGUUAGAAUUUUUUUCCGUAAGUACUUUAGAUACUGGGAUUACUGGAGAGAAAGAGGUGCGAACCACCACUAAAUACACUUGACAAUGCAUAUGUAGUGUAUAAUAUUCUUAUGGGUAAUCUACGAGUUCUGACACUUUCACUUGAUCUAUAUUAUAGCUACUAGAGCAAGGUGUUCAUCAAUACACGUGGAAGACAGCGGAAUCUGCAGAUUUCGUCGAACACUUGUGUUCACUUGUCUGUGAAGAUGUUCAUAAGAACCUAUGUGUGGUACAAAAUAACUACAGAGAGAUCAGUAAUAUUGUGAUGUCCUGGUCUCAAGAUACCUGCCUUGAUGCUUUCUCAUCUCGUGAGAAGCUUCGAUCAUAUUGUAUUGAGGAACUGAAUGCCUUGCACAGGUAUUGUACAUUGGAAGAGCUUGGGCAUGGCUAAUCCUACCAAAAACACAGACUGCCAACCAGGUGUAAUCAUAUUCUAUGUUUCAUGCAUGCAGCUAGUGGGUCAUUGGACUUACAUGGUUAAUAUAGAUCGAACUAUUUCUUUAUUUUUCAUUGUGCAAUCAGCUAUAGCGUUGUGCCUCACUGAAAUUAAAUGUUGCUGAAAGUUAAAACUAUAUAGAUGACUGAUUUAUAUCGUUCUCGGUGAUUCGAGACGACUUUUGAUAGCGUCAAAAUGACUUUCCACUUGACAGUGAAUGGAAUAUAAGAGUUCUCUCUUGAUGUAAGAUGUACUUUAUUUCUUAAGGGAAACAUAUAACGUUACUGAGCAUUCCAUUGUUGUGGGCGGUCAUCGCAUUCAUGGCUUACUUUUGUCCACGUUUGAGGUAGGUUUUUUUAAAUGCUUUGCAUGUUUAUCUAGGAUGGCAAAGACUUUCUUAUGUAUAUUUUUGUGUGCGCAUUCACUCAUUCGCAUCCGUCAGGAAGGGAAUAUUGCCGACAAAAUCGCUAUAGUGUAAACCAGGCGUUAUGGAGGGUCAUCGAUUGGUUUCGGGUUGAAAACAUGAUUAACGAUUUCUACCUGAAAAUAUCUGAAAAAUAGAUCAAUAUCUUAAAAUAGUAAUAGUUAGAAAGAAUAUAUUUUAAUUUAAUUUUUAAUAUGAUUAAUAUGGAACUCCAUAUUAAACUAUACGAAACUACUGCAGUAGCAUUUUCAGGCUUUUGUUCAACGGUCUAAACUGAUCUUCAACGGAGUCAGAUUUUAUUGACCUCAUGCAUGCAGUUACCAAAUAUAAUGUGUACUUUUUGUAGGCUGUUCAAAUAAGUCGUGCCUCGCCAGCAUGGCAGAGUUACAUCCAGUGUGUAAGUGAACUGGUUUUGGAAGGUCUGAAAAAGUCAGUACUGGUAUCACUCGAUGGAAUGAUGGAUGAAGUUAACUGCACAACAAAGGUGUGCAAUUUACUGUAUAAGCUAGUGUAUUAAGUACUUUUUAUACUUGGAUGUUUAUCAACACCUAUGGGUACGUAAUUUUCUAUCGAAUAAUAUGUGCAGGAAUGCCUAUUUACUGAGAAAGGAAUGGGUAUGGGGAGGGAAUUGUGUAGCCAGCGGUCUAAUGAUGCAUUUCCAUUAGAUGAUUUUGAUUGAAAGGAAGAGUACUUUUGCGUAACAAGAAAGGACACUUUGAAGAAAUCAGUCAGAUGGGGGCCACUCGUCCCAUUGUCCAAGUGUUAAAGUAUAAACUAUUCAAUAUAAAUUGUCAAUUUAAUUAUUGAGUAAAGAAUGAUUUCUUUUUGUAAGACACAGAUUUUUCAAAUCCGUUGACAAAAUGCUCUCUCUGCAUGCAAAGCCUUGUGGGCGUUCAAAAAUCUUAACAUGAAGUUUCAAUAAAACCGUUAAAUACAUUAAGAUUUUGUUGGCAUCUCACUCGAUUGAAUAAUAGUUGAAGGGUAUUGUAGAUGGAAAUUAUCGGGUGGAAAUUUAUAUAUAUUUAUUAGACCUAACUAGGAACAGAAGCGAAAAAAUGCAACGUGUUAGGUCCCUGGCAGGAAUCGAACCUGCGACCCUAUCUUUACAGACCCAUGGUUCAUAAUCUUGUCAAUACCUUACCAUGCAUGCAAGGAUUUACUUUUAUUCGUAUUAAAAUCUAGUGUAAUUCCUGCAAGUUCUCGCGGAUGUUUGCAAGAUCGUGCGUAUAUACUGUAAGUGGGCACGUUCUUAUCAAGAUCGAGUCAUGUGCUUGCCAUGACAUUGCCAAUAUCUUCCAAAAAAUCCUGCGUGCAGUCCUUGCAGGAUCCUGCAUGCAAUAUCUUACCAUUAUCCUGCCAAAAACCUGCCAUGAUUUCAAGCCAUGAUCUUACCAAGUUCUUACCAAGGUUGUGGCAAUUCUUUGGGCCCAUAGACCUUCUUGAAAUAUCCUUUACAAUUUUGUCAUAUAUUCUGGUUCAUGAAUUUAGGAAAACGAUGAUUCGACACCAGUUCUUACAAUCAGACUUGAGUUAUCUGGCUCACAAGUGGUAUUUCACCCGAAACUUGAUGAAGAUGACGCAACAUCCAGUGUGCAAGAGUAUGUCGAAGGUUGGAUCGAGGAGUUUCUGAAGCGUGCAGAUAUGGUUAAACCAUUCGAACCAGGACUCAAGGUUCGUAUCCCAGUUUUAAAUUGGGAAUUUUAAUGUUUUGGAUUUAAAUUUUGGUGCAGGAACUGUGUUCAAUUUCGUUGACUUUUCGCGAAAUAAUUAUAGCUGCGUAUUCUUUUAAUACGUUUUCUGUCAUUUGGAAAGUACUUUCCAAUGAACGCACCUACAUAAUCAUGAGUUUUUCUUAUACAUAAAGUAAAAUGCAUCUAAAUGUGUGCGUUUUGGUUCACACUGUCUGAUUAAUAUACUAAGCUAAAAUUUAUUAUCCCAGAUAAAUAGAUCCGGUUUUCACAAGGAUUUCUAAUCACUAUUUAUUACAUCAUUUAUAGACAUAUCACACUCUCAUCACUGACAUCAGUGAAGUGCAGGAAUUGAUGACUUCGAUCAAAGAUAUCGUUAGAAACAAUGGGAUUCAGUGUCAGGUUUGUUCAUCCGAUUGUCUAUGGAUACGUUGCCGAAUUGUCGGGAACACAUGGUCAUCUAGCUGUAUACUUGUGUAUUACUGUAUAUGUUGACUUUCUCACACGGGCUGGGUGGAAAAAACCUUCUUUCUUCUUUCUUUCUUGCUCUCCAUAAGCACUGGCUGCUGCAAGCAUGGUUUAACAUGCCUAUAAAGAUGAAUUGUUAAACUUAUUGUGAGACAUGUGUGCAUGUUAGGUUUACCUUCAAAUUUUUAAGUUACAAAUCUUCAAUCUAAAAAUCCUGUUGCUUUUCAAAAAGUUCCUGCGAGCUGUGCUCGAGUGCCCGACUAUUUUUCUCACCUCUGCUUUCUUAUGUGAUGGUGCGAACCUUGUUCCUGUAUUGUUUUCCUAUAUGCAAUUUAUUACAGAAUUACUAACUAGACCCUUAUGUUUGCUUGCACAGAACAUGCUCGGAACAUUCCGCCAAUAUGCUUUUCUUUGGAUGCAAGAUGUCGAGAGGACAUUUAAGGAAUUUCUCGCUGGAAAUAUCGUUGCACAUCCCCGUGGUAUGUCAGGCGCCGAAAUAUUACGAUCAGGCGCAUCACUAACGUCUCAGAGAGCAAAAAGAGACAAAGGAACUCGAACGUAAGUUGUUUUCGGUUUUUAUAUAAACUAAUAAUACAUACAUACAUGCAUGUAUAUGUAACAACCCCUCACCCUUAGCAGCCAUACAGCUAAUGAACUUGUAUUCCCAAAUAUUCGUAGAACAUGAAAUAUCAAGAAUUAGGAAACCAUGCACUGACCGAACGAUAGUGGCGAUAUCUCAAAACAUUUUAUAAAGCUUUAAUGAAAAGAUUACAUUUAACUUUUGAUUUACUAUUACCGAACUACAUUAUGUAAUGCACGUUUGUUAUUAGGCAUUCUAUAGGUUUGUGUUUAUUAAAACGAAAUUUUACCCUACGUUUUUAUUACUGAGCUAGUGUAGCAAGGGCACUUACUGUAUAUAUGCGAUGGUUCACGUUUCCGCAUCUGCAUGCACGAACGGGAAUUUUAACACACAGUGACUGAAGAAAAGUACUUACCAGUUCAUACCAAUAAAGUGGCCAACAUCUAUAUAAUUUUUCUUUCAGUUCUAGUGUACACACUCCCGGUGCUUAUUCUCUCGAUGCCAGUGGAGCUUUAGGUUUGUCAGAGAAGACCUUUCUCAAUGCAAAUAAACAUAGUGUAGAGAGCGAAGUGGAAACUGCAACCGUUCCAUCUUUAGACGACUUUGACAAAGAAUUGGAAAUAUUUAGAGUAAGUUAAAAUAUUUUUUAUGAUAGGUUAUGUAUGCAUGAUAAAAGGACAUACUGCGAACGAAUACCAAUUGCGUUUGAAGAACAGUGAUUUACCGAAAUGUUUGAAUCAUUUUAAGGCAUUGUCAUGUAAUGGCAUCAUGCUAUAAAGGCCAUUUUGAAUGUUAUCAAUGCAAGUAUUAAUAAAGUAAAAUUGGAUUUUCCAAUCUACUCAUGAUGUUGAUGGCAGGCUGCAGUUAAUAAAUAUAAUAAAUAAUUAUAUUAAUUUAAAUAUUUUUUAGAAAUAUGUUUACAUAUGAUUUUUUUGUACAGGCCAGUCGUGACGAAAUUCGUGGUCUCCAGGAUUGGUGUGAUAUUGGUUUCACACGGGUCAACGUGCGUCCUAUCAAACAAGUUUUGCAAACGUAUGCCAGCAAGUGGAUGUUUACGUACACUAAACAUUUAUCUGAUCAGGUAAAUAUAGCGAUAUUUUAAAGGUCUUAGCUGGAUUAUGGUGUUGGUGAAUUUGGUGUUGUUAGAUAUGGUGGUUACGCGGGGAUACUGUAGCACAGGAUUUCUUUGGUGUAAAGGCUAAUGAAGUUGAAUGUUGCAAUACAUUGACGGACCAUUAUGCCUCAAUAGUUGUUUUCCUGUUUCUUGUUGACCUUUGACAUUAAAUACUUAAUAGUCCUUAAAUAUCUCUUUGUGGCAGGGAAAACUGCUACGUCAGCAGUUAAUCAAAUUAUCUACAAAUACUGUACUUGCCCGCAUUUUCGGGAAAAGCCCCUUUAGGACAAUGAAGGAAAAUUAGCCAGUCAGGUUACCAAGCAACUGACCAUGACGACAUGAUUUAUUUCGCCUUACUGCUUGUUUACAAUAUUGCUGAUCGAAUAUGUGGUUAUGUGGCUAUAGUGAUAGUAAAAGGCAUCAUCAAUACGCGUCCAUGCAUGCAGCUAUAUAUAGUCAAAGCCAGACUGCUAUAAUUGGAGUAUAUACCUGUGGUUGGAGGGUGGCAUCAUAACUGCGAUGAAUGUGCGAUGCCUGUGUCAUCUAUUGGCGCACAACAUUUUAAAAAGAAUAAAUUAUAGACAGUCUGGUUGAUUCAACCAGGAUAUCCUGGUCAAAUAUAACCUGAUUCCUGGUUACAUUUUCCAGACUGUGGUAGAAAAUGAGAUAAAAUAACCAGGGAUAUUAAGUUAACCCAAAUUGGGGUUAUUUCUAUUUAACCAGCAAAAUUUUAACCAUGCAGGUGUUUUUAUAUAGAGUGUGUAAUAGUGAUUAUUUUUUUCAUGUAAGGUGUUUUAGAGUGCUAUUUUGUUUCAGGUGUCUAACAUCUUAAAUGAUUUGGACUCCUUUCUCAAACGUAUCGAACCAGGAGUUGAAGCGAUUACUGGGGAGGAGAGAGAUAUCACAUCGUUUAUGCGAUUAAUGCGAAUAUUUAACGAGGUACAGUAUGUAAUUUGCAAUCUUUUCAAGAUUAAUUUAAAAGCUAUAGUAAUGAAAGAACGCCAGUAUAUUUUUAUUAUUUUAUCACCGUUUAAAAGUUAUUGGUUUACUAUAUAUUAUUGGGGUCAUAGGCCAAGGAGAAUUUGUGUGCGGGUUGUGUAUUAAUUUUUCGUCAAGCAGUGCCCAUGCAUUCAAACGUUUCGCUUUCGGCCCGACAAACAUCUAAUUAAGGCCGAGAUAAAUACUCCAACAUUGACUGCAUGGAGAUGACCGACCCAUUAUUCAUUUUUCAUUAUUCUUUUACUUAUGAUACUGAGAUAUUAAAUCACAUUAAAUUUAGUACAUGCAUGUACAUGGGAAAGUCACAUUUUUAACUCAAUUUUUUUGUGAAUUACAUUUAGCUUAGUUUAGUUUAGUUUAGUUUUAUUAGUUUAGUUUAGUUUAGUUUAGUUUAGUUUAGCUUAGUUUAGCUUAGUUUAGUUUAGUUUAGUUUAGUUUAGUAUAAUGAAAAAAUUACAAAUAAAUACAGGACAGUCAGGACUAUACCAUCUUACAAUCCACAGAAACAGUGCAUGAGACUGAGACCUAGAAUCCAGGCCAAAAUCAUUGUGGAUACCAAAACAGUAUAUUUAUUAAUACGUUAAUGAUAUCAUGGGAUGGAUCACUUUUCAUUGGUUGGUUAAGAAACGUGUGAAUCGUUGGUCUUGACCCCACCUACCAUUUUUUGGCAGUCAUUGCCCAAAAGUAACUGGUUAUACAUUUCGGCAACGAUUGCCGGAAGCUUUGCGUCACCGUUCGCAGAUCAUGAUACUCUACACGAAAUUUCCCUCUUGAGAGAAAUUCACCCUUGUACCAUCACCAGAUUAAGUUAUUAAUAAAAUGCCGUUAUUUCCUGGUUGAUGCUACAUUUCUCUGGGAAGGGAGAUGGUGUUUUACUUUGGGAUAUGAUCGAUGUAUGCACUGCACCAGAAAAUUUUCUCCCCGUCAACUAAUUGUCUACGAUCAAUGACCUGGUAUACUCAUAACCAUAUACUAGCUAUAUAUCUUUCGGUUAGAUCAAUACUCAGCAAGCAGAAAUGGACAGCAAGUUUGUCGCAAUGAAGAGAUCCAUUAAUCUAUUAGAAAAGUACGAUCAAAAACUUCCUGACACCACGCAGAAAUUUUAUGCUGCUGCACCACAAAAGUAAGUCUUCGAUAUUUGUUGAAUUUUGACAUCUAGUAGUAUGGACUGAGCAGAAGAUGCAGAUAUACAGUAUCAAUAUACUCGAUGACCAGCUUUUGAUAGUCACGAUUUCGUUAAUUCGUUUUCUUCAUGAGCUAUUAAUGAAUUUAAGUGUUCGGGAAUGAGUCAGAAAAUAUCAUCACUGGCGGUAUUCUACCGCAUCUAACGCAUUCUACCGAGUGGAACAUGUAGGAAACAAACAUACAAGGAGAUGCUUAAAAUUCGGUGGACUUCAUACAUAAUUAGUUAUUUUUUGCAUGUGUGCAAAUCAAGUUCACAUUUUAAGAACUGUUUGGAUGUAAAAGAAACUUUGUAUUUCUUAAGAUGGAACAACCUGAAAAUGAAAGUCGCUCAAGCCAAACAGAGACUUGGUCCUCGGAUACAAUCUGAAGAGAAGAGUGUAACUGCUGUGAGUAUAAUUUGUCAUCUACGUAAAACUAAGUGUUUCCGACCGAACCGCAUCGUAUUUUGCGAACACUAAUCUGUAUUAUAUAAUGCCUCAUAACAAGUUAGCACCACAAAGAUGGUUAGGAAAAAUGAAGAAAAAAAUUUGAUUAACCUGCAUUUAUUGUAUAUAUACAUGACAAAAUUACUGCAAUCUGAUUGGUUAAGAGGAGUGCAAUUUUUUCUUUAAUUGCACUCACCAGUUGUGCAAUUAACUAUUUGAAAAAACAAAGAACACUUUACAUUAUCGUUUGAGUUUUAUUGCUACUUUAGCAAUUCUCUAUAAAACAGUUAUUAAUGGAAGAUGUAAAAGUGUCAACAUUGUCAAUGAGUAAAUCCAUGCAAGCAAACUUAUCACCGUUAAAGUUUAAAACUCACACAGUCAUGGAUAAUAUAGUGGUAAUAUACUGAUACUGGCAGAUUUACACAUUGUAUCUUUAGGAACUUGAUGCGUUUGGAAAACGAUGCGAUCUUCUUGUUCGUGAGUUUAUGGCAUCCGAAGCUUUCAAAAGAAAAUGCUUGAUCUAUACGGCUUUUAAUAUAAUGGAUAUGUACGAGAAAAGGAUGAAGAUACUUGAAAAUGAGGCUCAGGUUAGAACUAACAAAUUGUUUUAUCUAUAUCAUUUGUAUAUACAUGUUAGUUGUGCUAGUUGUGCAUGUAGGCCUAAUAUGUGGGUCACGAAGCGAUAUGUACAGUGAGGGUCAAAAUCGGCCCGAUACCGAUUAUCGGUUAAUCACUAGAAUUGUUUUCCUGCAUGUGUUUUUAAGUUCUAAGUGAGUAUAAUAAUUUUGGUCGGAUUCCAACCGUUAAUUAAGAGAAUAAUAGAAUAUUUUUAUGGUAUGAUCCAGCCAAUUCAAUUCAGAGGAAUUCAUGAAAAUUAUUGGAUGACGCAGAACGUCAUCUUGUACGUUUUACCUGCAUAAUUUAUACUCGCUAAUGAUAUCGCUGAUAGAUCAGUUUGUUAGUUCUCAAGCUGGAUGUAUAGUGGGUUUAAUCCCGGCUGGUCAACUUUGAGCCUUAAAUAAUCGAGAGAAGAAGCUAGGUCUGUGCUCGAAUUAGAUCUAACAUUGCAUGGCUUAAAAUAACGGCCGGUCAAUGGACAAUGACCGGCCAAAAAUGACUCUUGACCGGUCACUUUUUUACCUCACCGGUCAUUUUGACUGGCCACAUUUUCAUGCCUUCUAAUGUGAUUGCUGACGUCUUGAAUUAAAACAUGAAACUACUGUAUGAUAUAUCGAAACCAUAUAUAGAUAUCUUAUAUACACUAGAUAGUGCAUCUAAUUAUUCUGCAAUUCAAAAAUUGAAGCCGUGAUUGCAGACUCAGGAUAUUCCCAUGAAAUGAGAAGACUAGUAUGUUUUCUAUUUCUUAAACAGGGAACUUAAACAUUAAGUUAAACCUAUUCCAAAUACAUUUUCAAACUAUUCAAAUGAUGAAAGUUAUUGUUUUUUAAGCGUUUAUUAGCGAGUGGGAAACUCCAACAUGGCCGCCAUCUAUUCAAAUGGGGGUAACCGCUGGAAUAUUCUUGGCUUCAAUUUUACUAAAAGAGAUGCGCUAUCUAGUGUAUAUAAGAUAUCUAUGAUCGAAACAGGUUUCUGAUAGUUUGUUUCACUGUUAAUGUUUGUGUUAGUGUUAGUGUUAGUGUUAGUGUUAGUGUUAGUGUUAGUGUUAGUGUUAGUGUUAGUGUUAGUGUAGCGUAUAUCAUGCAAUGACCGGUGAAAAACAAAUUUUGACCGCGCUAAAAUCAAGUUGACCGGAGACCUAUCUUCCGUUAUUUUGCGCCCUGCAUUGGUUAGGUCUUUCUGCGUAUAUGUGGAAGUUAAACCAUUUCAAAACCUGCAUAUGGACACGGAGAGACCCUUGCAAGAAAUCGUAAAUAUGUAUUUUUCAUAGGAUUUGAUUGAGCUGCAAGAACUUCUUGAGAAGAAUAUCGUCAACUUCUCUGUUUUGCCACAGUAAGAUGUUUACCUACUUAUUAUGUUUGUACCAAGCAGUAGAAGGGCCAUUUACAUGCACAAAGUGGUGUUAACAUUGAGCGCAUGACCAAUAUUUAAUGAUACAUAGAUGAGCAUUUAGAUAAAUUAUAUUAUUUUUUUCUUCAUAAUUCACGAAUUAUAUGUGUCAACCAGAAAUGAGGACAAUGCAUUCAGUGAACAGUAUUAAAUAUGUACUGGAACACAAAAUCAGGUCGAUUUUGAAGAGUAGGAUAUCGGAAGUGGAUAUCAAUAUUAUUGCACUCGUGUUCAUGCAUAUUUUGAAAGUAUUCUUUUAAGAGGAAUUGUGACUUGGAGAAAAUAGAAAAUAUAAGUUUUUCUUACUGCCAGUAUUCUACUCUAUCUUGAGAAACUCGGGUAUCCAGGUAAACGGGUUUGAAUUAACCUCUUUUAUUUGUUGUUUACACUCUAUAGAGUUGACUCUGAUUUAGAAUGCCUUCGUGAGGUGUGGAACAUGCUUCGGUAAGUGCAAGAAUAUUUCUCGAAAAUCCUGGAAAUUCUAAGAGAUUGAAAGACACUGUACUUGAAUGUUCUGGUUUUCUUUGUCCUUGAAUUUAAAUUGGUGGAAAACUGGUGGUUAGAAAUGAAUUAGAAUUCAAAUUGGUGGAAAACUGGUGGUUCUAAUAGUCGGAUGAAUAUGGUCACAAUUAGAUUUGGGAAAAAAAGUAGUAAAUCCUAUAUAUUUGAUGAUAUCUGUACUUCCGGUUUAGAAUGCUAAUUUCAAAAACUACCAAUUAAUUGGGUAAUGUCUCGCUCUAUUACAUGUUAAAUUUUCAAAUAUUUAAAUUGUUGCAUUUUUGAGUUAGAUAUGACUAUUUUUGUAACAAACCGAAAAAUGGUGUUCUAAAACAUUUUACGAGUACCGUAUUUCAGCAUAUAUUUGCAAUUUAAAGGUCCGUGCAAGAACAACAAAACGACUGCAAACGGCAACGUUGGCUUAAGUUAGAUACGAAGCUUCUUCACAACAUUUUGGAUGAGCAAUUAGAGCAAGUGAGCUCACUGCCAUCUCGUAGUCACAGCUGGGAUGUUCAUAUUGGAAUGUUGGAUUCCAUCAUUGAUAUGCAGGUACGUCUUUUUCGUUCACUGACAGGGAAUAUUUCAAGAGUGCAAGAAUGAGACUCGCCGCUUGACGAUACAUUUUUUAGUGGUGCUCGUAACAACUUGUAACGAACAGACUGUAUUAGUCUUGUUGGAACAACUUGUAGCAAGUGUGUUAUCAAGUUAUUUACUAAUGGGUUUAUUGUCUCUUUUUGUAGGCGUGUUUACCCAUUGUAGAAGAUUUGCAAAAGGCGGCAUUACGCCCUCGUCAUUGGAAACAGCUGUUGCGAUUGGCUGGAGAAAACGUCCACGUGGUUGCAAAUGAUGGUCUAGUCAAGAUGUCUUUGGGGCAGCUCAUUGAAUUUGGACUUCAUCGUAAGUGCUACUGUAUAACAUUAUGGUCGAAUUUAAGUUUAAUUUAAUACCGUUUACUAGUUUAAACUGAACUUUGUCUGAAAUUCUUUCGAAAUAAAUUUAUACCAAAAGAGAUCUGAUCGGAUAGUAAAAGUGCAUGUUCAAAAUCGAUAGAAUACAUUACUACAUAAGGAGGCCAAACACGGCUAUCGCGGAAAACCCUUUUAUUUAUUUGUAGUUCUUUAUUUACUUAGUUAUUAAUUUAAUUCGCCCACAUUACAUAGUAGUUAUUUACAAAGAUUUUGCCAUGUGUUAUAGUUCAUAACGUGUUAUUUAAUGGUAUUCGACGUGUGGAAAAAUGCGAUAUUUUUAUUAGACAGAUUUAGAUUGAGGACCGGACGUCAAAGACGACGCGAAAAUGGCGUGUUGUGCCCAUGUAUGGAUAUGCCACGCCAUUUUGACGCCAUUUUCACGUCGUCUUUGACGUCCGCGUCCUCGAUCUAAAUCUGUCUAAUAUUUAUACAGGGGGGGGGGGGUCUGCGAAAUAUUUAAUAGACGUUAAGAGGCAAUGUGUGAUAAGAGGCAACGCAAACCUCCGCAGUGGUUUCCGUGCAUUUUCCAUGAGUUUACCGUGAUUUUCUGUAUUUUUGUGUGAGGAAUCGCUGACGAGUGUCAUCUCAUGCGCCCACAAACACACUCCUCAGCGGUUUAUCGCAUAAAAAUCACGGAAAACUGAUGGAAGAAUAUAUGUAAUUUGAUACUUUACCUACUCCCCCUUGGGCAGGGCGCUUAUAUAGAGGGCGGUGAAACGGCAAUAGGCGCGCCGACAUGGAACCUCUGCGGAAGAAAGAGUGUUCGUUUUAUCACAUAAUAUAGUGUAUUUUGUAUAAUUUUCUCGCACUUAUAUAGAUCACACAGACGAAGUACGCACGAUCAUCCAGAAAGCGACAAAAGACGUUGCUAUUGAAAGUUCACUCAAAACGUACGAAGAAGUUUGGCUAAGUAAAGUCUUUGAACUGAAACGCUACAAAAAAGCAAGAGUUUCCUCAGCGGCAAUGGUUACAGGAAAUCAAGAG